AUGUCAGUUCUUCGCGCGACACAAUUCGUUACUAAUCAUGACGUCGGUCCAUCAACUCGCUCCUUGACUACCAGGCCUCGGAAAGUCGUACAGCUUCGGGAUCUCCUGGUAGUCUAUCCGAUUGUUGUGUCCAUCGCCAAAAGUCUUAAUUUGAAAGAGCUGAUUUCUCUGACAUUGACCGACAAGAGUUGUUUCGCUUUCCUACGUGGUGGGGAUUGGGGUGAUGACUUGCGUCAUUGGAACAACCUGAAGUCAAAUUGCAAUGAGAUUUGUGAAUUUAACUCCACACACGAAUAUCUUCCUCCUGUAAAGGACAUUAAGGCGUGCCACAAAUGCAGGUACGGUGUCUGCAAUCACUGUGUGGGGCCAGUAGGACAUCUUGGGAACCCUCGCCGUCAGAUAUGCCCUAGCUGCGUUGAGAAACGCUUGGCUUCCCAUAGCAGAUAUAUGAACAAACCAGAACUCCCAAAUUGCUCGUGCGCAGGCGCCGAGCCAUGGCUGUGUCAAAUGUGUUGGAAAGAGAACUACUUUUCCACCUUUCAAGAAUCUGCGGGUACAUGCUGCGAUUGCGAUUGCAAGUUCGUUGUUGGGUCGAAAACCGAUUUCGUCUGCAAAUGGUGUAGAGGGAAGAUGUUGCACGUUCCCUCUCUCGAUCGUUGGACGUUGCUCCACAUUGUGGUACGGGGCGGGACAAAGCUCAAGUACAUGGUAAUAGCCCUUGGUAUUCCUGGCGCAAAAUUGAAACCUAACCACCCCUCGCCGGAAGAUCACCCCUGA